AGAGAAGUAAAAUGGAAAAAGCAUAGCGUUACAGCAAUGGCAAAUAACCGUGGAGGGAAAGAGGAUAUUUUUUGCUGGUAGAUGGCAAACAAGCUCCUCAGCGAAAUGGGUCUUCCCAAGUCCAUAGCCAACAUUUUUGCUGCUCGUAACCUUAUUACUGCCAAGGACGUAUUCUCAUUGACAGAAUUUGAGUUGAUGGAAUUGCUAGAUGUGGAUUUAUCUGUAGUAACAUCAGCAGUGGCACACAUUAGUGAAAUUACAUGCCCUCCAUACCAAACGGCACUGUCAUUGUUGGAACAGCGUGGUCAAAAUGAGAACAUGGCUGGCCAUCUUCCAACAUCUCUAAAAGGGCUAGACAAUGCUCUGUGUGGUGGAAUUCCUUUUGGUGUUGUGACAGAGUUAGUGGGUCCAGCAGGCAUUGGUAAAACCCAGUUCUGCUUGAAGCUUUCAUUAUUAGCUUCUCUUCCGUCGAGUUAUGGUGGCUUAGAUGGUUCUGUAAUUUAUAUCGAUACAGAAUCUAAAUUUAGUUCACGGAGGAUGAUUGAAAUAGGAUUUAAUAGCUUCCCAGAAGUAUUUCAGACCGAAGGGAUGGCACAGGAGAUGGCUGGAAGGAUCCUGGUUCUAAGGCCAACAUCACUUUCUGAAUUUACUGAUAGUUUGCAGAAAAUCAAAGUUUCAUUAUUUCAACACGGUGUGAAAUUGCUGAUCAUUGACAGCAUGGCUGCUCUUCUUUCAGGUGAUUCUCGUGAACUUUUCACUCUUUCCAGCGAAGGUGUACAAGGACCUCAGAGACAACACUCAUUGGGUUGGCAUAUAUCAUUUAUUAAAUCAGUUGCAGAAUUUUCACGAAUUCCUGUAGUAGUGACCAAUCAAGUGAGAUCUCAAAGUCGUGAUGGAAAUUCCUACUAUUCUUUCCAAGAGCAAAGCAGAGGUGAAAGUUCCGAAGCUGCCACAAAAGUUGAUUCUCAUCUUGUUGCUGCUUUAGGGAUCCACUGGGCUCAUGCUGUUAGUAUUCGUCUUAUAUUCGAAUCAAGAUCAGGUCAAAGGUUCAUAAAAUUAGCAAAAUCUCCAGUAUCUCCGCCUCUUGCAUUCCCUUUCAACAUAACGUCUUCUGGGAUUUCAUUGCUUAAUGAUGAUGGAGUGGAAAUGCCAGGGCCAGAGAUACAUUCAAUAAGUUGUCAAGGUCACAACGAUGUUAUUAAUUUGGGUAGUGAAAUGAUGCAUUGAGCUCCAGAAGCAAAGGAUAGCUUGUUCGAGCUUCCUUGAGUCAUGUCAUGAUGGCGCACUCGAUGAAAGAGCUUUAGCGGCUUUUGUACAUAACGAAUCAAAGUCGAAGAUGAAUCAAGACUCAAUAGGCCUGGGGUGGGGUAAGUUUUUUUCAAAGUAGCUGAACAAUUGAAUUGGCUGGUAUAGAAUCAGUUGCACAUUAUGAAUAACCAUCGAUGUUAAAAAACAAUCGGGAUCCAGUGAGAAUUUGUGCGUAGCUUGUGGUCUUUGACGUGUAUAAUGAUUCUAUCUCAUACCUUAUUUUAAAAAUAAUUUUGCAAGUUUAUUUAUUGUUGA